AGCUCUCUGAGACCCCCAUCCCCAGCCUGCCCUGUGAGUCCUGCCGGAAAGGGGAGGGAAACAGGCCACAGCCCUGGUCCCCAAAAGGAAUGGAGACGAUGGGAAUUGGGGGCAGAGGGGAACUGAGGUCCAUCCAAGCCUUUAACGUCCUACAUUCAAACACUGACCGGCCCAGCAAGGCCGCCUCCAAAUCCAACGGGGAGGUGGCCAGCAUCCUUGGUGCCUGGGUGUCCCCAACUUUCCAAAUCCCCACCCCCGCAAUAGAGAAGAAACCAAACCGAGACAGUGCUGCAGAGCCCACUACCGCUUCCUCCAGAUGAGCUCAUGGGUUUCUCCACCAAGGAAGUUUUCCGAGGCACCAGCUCUCCCCGCCCUCCUCCCCGGGCUAUAAAGGCAGCCGCGCGCGGCCCGCCAGCAGAAGCUCCUCAGCGAGGACAGAGGGAGAGACAGCUCAGACCCCCUGGAAGUGGUCUCUCAGCGCACGCCCUGCGACGCCGACUCCUCCCGCAGCCGCCCUGCCCCUGCGCCUCCCCAGACACAGCAUGAGCACCGAGAGCAUGAUCCGCGACGUGGAGCUGGCAGAGGAGGCGCUGCCCCAGAAGGCAGGGGGCCCCCAGGGCUCCAGGCGGUGCUUGUGCCUCAGCCUCUUCUCCUUCCUCCUCGUGGCAGGAGCCACCGCAGUCUUCUGCCUGCUGCACCUGGGGGUGAUCGGCCCCCAGAGGGAAGAGUUCCCGAUGAGCGUCCUCCCGCUGGCCCAGACCCUCGGAUUGUCUUCUCGAGCCCCCGGCAACAAGCCUGUGGCCCACGUUGUCGCAAACCAGCAAAUCGUGGGGCAGCUGCAGUGGCAGAGCAAGGUGGUCAACGCGCUCCUGGCCAAUGGUGUCAACCUGACAGACAACCAGCUGGUGGUGCCAGUGGAUGGGCUGUACCUCAUCUACUCCCAGGUCCUCUUCAAGGGCAGGGGCUGCCCGCACGCCCCCCUGCUGCUCACCCACACCGUCAGCCGCUUUGCUGCCUCCUACGAGGACAAGAUCAACCUCCUCUACGCCAUCAAGAGCCCCUGCCAGCGGGAGACCCCGGAGGGGGCGGAGGCCAUGCCCUGGUACGAGCCGGUCUACCUGGGAGGGGUCUUCCAGCUGAACAAGGGCGACCGGCUCAGCGCCGAGAUCAACCUGCCUGACUAUCUCGACUUCUCCGAGUCCGGGCAGGUCUACUUUGGGAUCGUUGCCCUGUGAGGGAGCAGAAUGUGCAUUCUGGCCCACCUCAAUCCCUGUGUCACCCGCUCCUCCCCACCACUCCAUCCCCUUCUGGGCCAGAAAGGGGAUUGGGGCUCAGGGCUGGGUGCUGAGCUGAAAACUGUAAGCGACACUCAGAAACCUAGGAUGCACUGUGGUGUGGCCUGGGCAACGGGGCACUGGCCGCUGCCAAGCAUUCAAAGUGCGGGUUUGGAUACCUGAACGCAGCCGGGACCCCUGGGCCGGGGCCCGGGGAGCUUUCGUCCCCGCCAGACACUCCAGAGCACCCUUGAGAAGAUCUACCUACACACGGACUGAGUGGCUCAGGCCCUUCUUUCUCCACAUGUCCCCGGAAGCUUCCCUGAGACGGAGCGCCGAGGGCCAGCUCCUCUGUUUAUGUUUGCACUUGUGGUUAUUUAUUAUUUAUUUAUUAUUUAUUUAUUUGCUAAUAAGAGUAUUUAUUCGGGAGGUCAGGUGUCCAGGGAGACCCAAUGCAAGGGCUGCCCGGGCUCAGGCACGUUUUCCGUGAAAAUGGAGCUGAGCUCCAGGCUCUUCCUGCCUGGCCUCCUGUCCCGGUGUCUCCCGUUGCUUGUGUUCUUAAAAGAUAUUGAUCUGAUCAAGGUGUCUACCUAAUGUUGAUUUAGUGACUGACUGUCGCUACAUCGCUGAACCUCUGCUCCCCAGGGGAGCUGUGCCUGUAACCGCCCUACUGGUCAGUGGCGAGAAAUAAAGUGCUUAGAAGAGCAA